UGAAACUAAAUGGAUCACUGAACUUUUGCAGAUAAACCACCAAAGGCAGAGUUACAAUUGCUUCCUGUAGUAAUUUCCAUUAAGGAAUCAGUGAAUCUGAGGUGCAGGAGACCUAACUCUGCCCCUGCAUCCCACUGCACUUUCACCACUAAUCAGAGAGGACCGAUCAGUGGCUCAGACUGUGAGCGCUCAGUCACUGGAGCUGAGCUGCUCAGUGGGAGUCACAGCGCAAGGAAUGAGAUCACCAUGACAUGUUUCUACAGACUGGAGGAAGGAGGGAAACCUGCUCUUCAUAGUAACCCCUCCACAGUGACUGUGCUGGAUCUGAAGAAGCCCAAUAUCUCAGUCUCCACAGAACACACUGAAACACACAUUCACUGUGAAGCACCUCCUGACAUCACUGGAGCAAAGUUCUUCCUGUACUCCAACAAGAAUAGAAUACAUACUAAGGAAACCCAGGCUGGGACAGAAGAGCGAGCUUUCAGUUUCACUGUCCCCCGCAGCUCUGACUCCACUCUGACAUACUGCUGUAGUUAUCAGUUUAAGGGCAUGAACUCUAAACUGAGUGACUGUGCUGAAGCUAAGAACAAGGACCAGAGUGGAAGAACAAAAGACCAAAGAUACACCACCACAGACAACCCACAGACAGCUGUCACUGAUUCACCAUCAGAGUCAGCCAAGUUUCUGUGGCGACACAUCCUCAGUGUUCUGGUCCUCUUGGCUGCUAUUGGAAUACUCAUAGAAUACUUCAUCUCCCACACACCAACCACAGGCAGGAAGAGGAGAGGGAGUGAGAACACCGGGCAGUUUGUGGAGACAUUGUGCUGAGACAUGAGAGAUUAGCCUGUUUACCUCUACAAAUAUACAGUACACAUACCCAAUAAAAAUACACAUAAACCACACAUAAAUACAGAACAUGUAUAUUUAUAAACAACAUAACAUACAUAGUCACAAAAUGACAUACUGUUUUAACUUAAAAUAAAGAGUACUCUUAAAUAUUUACUACUGCAGUCUGUAUUUAUGCAAUGUCAUUUUUAACUUGUUUUAAUCCAUUAAACAAUGUAUGCUCUCAAUUUCAUAUUUAUUACAAGCACUGUUGUGAACCCAAGUUGGUUUGUUUAAAUAAUAUUGUUCUUAUUUUGUUCUUUUGUCCAUUAUUUUUGUUUCUUGUAUAGCAUAAAUUGAAAAAAUGACUAAGCUCGUCAUAAAAAAUACACACUGAAUAUUUGUUGGAAAUAAGGGCUGCAAGUUUACUCUUAUCUUGUGCAUCAAAUCAGAACUCUGUGCUCUUUUGCAGUGAAGACACAGAUAAUCAAAUUGGGAAUGCAAGGGAUUGUUUAGCAAGUCAGAUGUA